UUUACUCAGCACAUCCUCAGGUGCGUGUAAUAUAAAUAAUAUCAUAGUCGUCACAUCAAAAAAGUAACUGUAAUGUACAUAAACAGAACGAGAAAAACCAUUGUCCAGAAAAUUCGUUUUCCAAGAACAUUCCAAGAAUGUUUCAUAUGGUUUAGGUUAGGGGUUUAAUGUCUGUCAGGUAAAAUGUGCAUACACACAUGCCUUGUUAAUACCAGUCUUGCUUGCUGUCAGUGCUUUAUUCAUAUAUCUUUGUACUUAAUGUAAACCACAUUGAAUUCUACAGUGAUUAAGGGUAUGAAUGAGUCGCCCAUGAGCAGUCAGAAUAAGGGCGUCUGCUAAGAAGAUAAAUAAAAAUAAACUCGCUAAGAACUGCUGCAUCCUCCACUCCCAGUUCAUGGUUAAAGACGUGGACCACAUUUCAACAUGUUUUUCUGAAAACACGUCACACAGUCUUUCCACAGGCAAGGCGGGUAAACCCCGGAAUGGUAGCCUGAAUGUGGCUUUGGCAAAACAGUACACAAUUUAUUUAGAACCACUUUCUGGGAUUCAUUUAACGUUGGAUUUUUAUUCAGCAGGUUUGCGCUACCCAGAGAAUGACAAACGUAAGUUAUUUCCUCUCAAAAUAAAUUAAGGAAUACGUGAUACAGAGUGCAGGAGGAAAAUUCAAGUAACGCAACUGAAAACGAUGUUAUACAGCAAGGGUUAUUUUAUGCGGUAAUACUGAAGUUUGAGCGCCUCGUGGCAAUGUGCGUCCACUGUUGCGCCACCCCGCGUCCCACCGCCAGGAGGCGCUGCAGUUCACCCCCGCAGCAUGCAGGGCAGCCGGUGUGUAAUGACAAGCAGCAGCGGCAAACUCCGGUUCCCACUGCAGCCGAAACUACAGAACGGGCAGACGCAGUGUCUGUCUCGGCCGCUUUUGCUCAAUGUUGUGUCCGCUAUCUGCCGCCGGUCCGCGGGUCGCUCUCCUUCCCUCCCUCACCUCUGAGAAAUGGACGCGAAGUCGGACGAUUCGGACCGAGGCCGGUGGAGCGAUGACGGCGAGCCCCUGCUGUACGGGGAAUUCACGUCGGCGGCCAGCAGAAAGGUCAGGUACGCCGUGAGCCUGAGCGACACGGCGCUCACCGCCCAGCGGAUCACGGCGGCGUCCUCCGGCCGGGGCGCGGCGGUUCUCAACUUGAGAGACUGUGUGGGCUGCCGGGUCUUCAUGACGGAGGACGACGCCGAACCGGGGGCUUGUUUCUCCGCGUACUUCUACCCGUUUAAGCGGAGAUGGAUGAGCUCCGGAGCGGCUCGCCAGAGAGUAGAACAGUGCUUUCGGGUGGCGCCGGACCAGGACCCCCAGGUGAAUCUACGGGAAGCGGAGCGUUGGGCUCAAGCCAUCAGCGAGGGCUCCAUCCGGCAGCGAGCCCCCCGACAAGGUACGGCGUGCGACCCGGUGAGGCUCCCUGGCCGCCUCCUGCUCCUGGUGAACCCCCACAGCGGCCGCGGUCAGGCACUCAGCCUCUUCCUGGGACACGUGCAGCACAUGCUGACAGAGGCCAGCAUCCCCCACACGCUGCUCAUCACCGAGCGGCAGAACCACGCCCGCGAUCUGGUGAAAGAGGCAGACCUGUCUCAGUGGGACGCCCUGGUCAUCAUGUCAGGGGACGGACUGCUCUUUGAGGUGGUGAACGGACUGAUGGAGCGGGAGGACUGGGAGCAGGCCAUUCAGAUUCCACUGGGGGUUCUGCCCGGUGGCUCAGGGAACGCUCUGGCUGCCUCCAUCCACCAUUACUCUGGGUCCCAGCCAGUGUCUAGCGAGGAGCUGCUGGUGAGCUGCGGCUUCCUGCUGUGCAGGGGCCUGCCAUCGCCCCUGGACCUGGUUUCUGUGAGCCUGGCGUCGGGCGCACGCCUCUUCUCCUUCCUCUCCCUCGCCUGGGGCUUUGUGGCCGACGUGGACAUCGAGAGCGAGAAGUAUCGCUACGUGGGCACGGCACGCUUCACCGUGGGAACGCUGGUGCGGCUGGCCUCCCUGCGCGUCUACCAGGGCCGGCUGGCCUACCUGCCCGCUGAAGAGUGCCCAGCCCCGCGCCAGGCCUCUCCGACCCCCCACGGCCUCGGGCUCUGCUCCUCCUUCUUCUGCCACCCGCCCACGGGCUCGUCCGAGCCGGCCACCACGCACACCUUCCAUAACUCCUGCAACUCCAACAACUCGACAAAGGCCGAAGUUCCAUCUUCAUCCUCCAGGGGGCCCCCUGACUCCCUCCUGGUGCCACUAGAGCAGCCAGUGCCCAGCAACUGGACUGUAGUGAAGGAGGAGAACUUUGUGCUGGUGCUGGCCAUGUACCAGUCUCACCUGGCUGAGGACCUCAUGGCGGCGCCCGGGGCGGCUCCCGACGACGGCCUCAUACACCUCUACUACGUCCAAGCGGGAAUCUCACGUGCUGCCCUGCUGCGCCUCUUCCUGGCCAUGGAGAAGGGUGCCCACCUGUCUGCUGGCUGCCCCCACCUGGUCUACAGCAAGGUGCGGGCACUGCGCUUGGAGCCUCUCUCCCCCAAGGGCGUCAUCACAGUGGAUGGAGAGGUGGUUGAGUACGGGCCCCUGCAGGCACAAGUGCACCGUGGCCUGGCACGCCUGAUCAUGGGCUAGGGGGUAUUCACAGAGUGGGGAGGGGGGCUCUGCACUCACAAUCCAGACGGUCCCGUGGCUUCUCGAUGGCGUAGCACUCUGACCGAAUAUGUCCGGGAUCAUAACUGAAACUUCUGAUUCGGGUCGGGGUCCGGUCUAGUGGGGUCAGGACUUCCCCACUCUUAUCGCAAGACGCAUCCUGUGAUGCUUUUUCAGCCAAGUAGGCCCACAUGCGCCCAGAUGCAGGUACCAGACAAGCGGGGUGUUUGCUGAAUCAGGUGUGAUCCCGCCAGCUGGUCCUCUGUAGCUCCUUGACACCACGUUAUUUAAACCAUCGUUAGAAAGUCUGUUUUUCGUAGUACUGUUAUAAAAUAUGGCUGUCUGGAAGACAUCAGCACAGCACUAAGAACAGCCGCUCUCUGGUGUGCAAAUGCAGGAAGUGACCUCACUGUCUCCGCUGGUGGACGCUGUGCUGUGCAUCAUGAAGGAAGGGGUGGUUGGUUUG